UUUUCCGACAGGGCGACACCGGGAAAUGCUGGUACGCGGUCAUGGGUGGAACACUGGAAGUCAGGGUCCUCCAGCAGGACUCCGAAACCAAGAUUCCGGUGACGCUGUGCACGCUGAACGUGGGCGCUACCUUCGGCGAGUCGAUCCUGCAGGAUCUUCCCAGAGACACUACCGUCGUGACGCAAACCACCUGCGAAUUGCUGCGGGUCGAACAGCCCGAUUUUAAACUGAUCUGGGAGAAAAACAAGGACCUUAUGAACGAGCUCGUAUCCAACUGCAAACUGAAGAACGGUUUUGGAUCCGGCGUCAGCUCUAAGAAUGCUCAACCAUUAUCGCCACCGCCGAGGAGGUCCAUGUCUCCGGACCAACCUAAUCCAGCGGAACCCAUCACCGAGACUCCAGGCGCCACAAUGAGUCGCAUCGGAUGGGCUUUGCGCACACUUUUACUAAGUCAAAAUACUUGCCUGAAGGAUAGGAAGGUUUCUGGGAGGUUGGUGAGGAGAUGCGCUCCGGGAACGGAAUUGGUAGAUUGGUUGCUAUCGUUAUCACCUGGUAUACAUACAAGAGCGCAGGCUGCUGGGAUGUGGCAAGCUUUGCUCGAGGAAGGAGUCAUAGCUCAUGUCGCCAGGGAGCAACCGUUCAAAGAUAAAUGCUUCCUCUACCGCUUCUGGCAGGACGAAGAAGGCGCCACAGCCCUUCCAACACUCGAGGAUGUCGCCGGUGCCGAAGAUCAGAUCCUUGAGUCGAUCACCACUUUAUUCAAUCGUGGUCCUGAUGCCAUCAUGCGAAUGAUCCUUCGAAAAUCAAGUCACGAUCGUACACCGGAUGACCUAGAGACCAUCUACGAGGAGCUUCUGCACAUCCGCGCUCUCGCUCACCUUACCAACUCGGUUAAACGAGAGUUGGCAGCGGUGCUCAUCUUCGAAGCACAUCCGAAAGCCAGCCACGUUUUGUUCCACCAGGGUGACGAAGGUAGGUCUUGGUACAUAAUACUUAGAGGUUCCGUGGAUGUGGUCAUCCAUGGGAAAGGCACCGUGAACACCUUGCAGGAAGGCGACGAUUUCGGAAAACUGGCACUCAUCAACGACGCUCCAAGAGCUGCAACGAUUGUUCUGAGAGAGAACAAUUGUCAAUUCUUGCGGGUGGAUAAAGAAAAUUUCAACAGGAUCUUACGUGACGUCGAGGCAAACACCGUUCGUCUUAAGGAACACGGAAAGGAUGUGCUUGUCCUCGAAAAGAUAUCGCCGCAACAGAAGACAGCUUACUCGAAUUUCAAGUACACGGUGAUGGCUGGAACUCCACAAAAGAUGCUUGAGCAUCUCCUGGAAACGCGCUUGGAUUCCAGAAACAGCUUGGGAGGACAAAGCGGUGGACAAGAUCCGUUCUUGGAAGAUUUCCUACUGACGCAUAUUGUUUUCAUGCCUACGCACCAAUUAGUCGACGAAUUGGAUAGACAUUAUCAUUUGGAGUCGCCGAAUCAAGAUAGAGAAUUUGUCUUGGCGUGCAAGAAACGCGUGGUCCAAUUCAUAUACCGCUGGGUAGUGACCAUAAGGUAUCCUGUUUUCGAGGAGGAAUCGGCGAUGGAGUUUCUGGAGGAUCUGGCAAGUGAGGUUGAGGCGGAUUGCGUGCAGCUGGAAGAGCUGCAGGAGGACGCUUCAAUGAUGCACCACGUCAUGACGCAACUGAGGAGGCAUCAGGAAGAUCAAAAGGCGCAUGAAAAUCAGAAAUGGAAGCUUCCGCCUUUGGGACAACCGAUCAGUUUGUUCAGCGGAAACGAGGACAAUCUCAGGACGAUGAUUAAGGCUCAGGAUGAUAUAAUUUUCAGGGUUUACUGUGCUGAUCACACGUAUUGCACGUUACGGUUACCGGUGGAUAGCACCGCGGAGACCAUCAAAUUGUUCGCUGCGGAUAAAUUGAAGCUGAGAGCCACCGAAGAACUUCUUCUGGUGGAGGUCAAGUCGAACGGAGAACGGGUGGUGUUCAAAGACAACGACAUCAGCGUUCCGACGGGUCUGACUCUUAACGGGAGGAUCUUUGUGUCGCCUAAAGAUCAUCUGGACGCUUUGACGGCGCUGGGUGAGCAGGAGGAGGCAACCCAAGGAAUCGACGCCGAUAUUGAGCUAUUCAGCACCAAAGAGUUAGCCUACUUCAUGACUCUGUUCGAUUGGGAAUUGUUCUGGUGCGUGCAUGAAUACGAGUUAGUUUACCACACGUUCGGGCGACAUCACUUCGGCCAAAUCACCGCCAACCUGGACGUCUUCGUCAGGAGGUUCAACGAAAUCCAGUAUUGGGUCGUCACCGAGAUUUGCUUUUCCUUGAGUCUCAGCAAGCGCGUCGCGAUCCUCAGGAAAUUCAUCAAACUAGCAGCGUACUGCAGAGAAUUCCAGAAUUUGAACGCGUUCUGCGCCAUCGUGAUGGGAUUAAGCAACGUUGCCGUGUCCAGACUUUCCAUGACUUGGGAGAAGUUACCUUCGAAAUUCAGGAAACUCUUCACCGAAUUCGAAUCGCUCAUUGAUCCGAGCAGGAACCACCGCGCUUACCGCCUCAGCGUUGGAAAGCUUCAACCUCCUGUCGUUCCCUUCAUGCCUCUUCUUCUCAAAGACAUGACCUUCACGCACGAAGGCAACAAGACAUGCUUGGAUGGACUCGUAAACUUCGAGAAGAUGCACAUGCUAGCGCAAACAAUGCGCACCAUAAGGUUCUGCCGAAGCCGACAUCUAGUGCUGGAUCCGCCAUCACCGAAAAGCGAGGGCGAAGUCAAAUCCUACAUCUCUUGCCUUCGAGCCAUCGACAACCAAAGGGUUUUAACGAACAUGUCGCAAAAGCUGGAGCCACGACGCUCCUAAAGAUAUGACCAACAUCAGCUGCAGCAAUAGAGAGCUAUAACAUUAUCUCUCUCACUAAUUUUAUUAUCAUUUUCAAAUUCGUAUAAAUGGCCGGGUCCAAAACUACACAAAUCUAUUAUACAUUUAACUAAAUCAAACACUAAGAGAUUGGUAAAGCCAGGAAGGAAGGUGGAACCUUGUCCGAAACUUUAUAGAGUGAUUAUAUACAUUUUAAUUACUUACAAGAAAAUAAUUAUGAAUAUUAUAUACAUAACAAAACAAUCUAGAAGAUGUAAGUAAAGAAGAUAAAGCAAUAACACUUUCCUUUUGCUAUUUUAAAAACUAAUAUUAAUUAUGAUACUAAUUGAUAAUUCAAAAACUCUCAAACACACACA